AUGCCGAAAGCCGACCCACCAUCGCCUCGCUUCGAUGGACGCAUCUAUCUGGAGAUGCCGCCAGUGGAUUUGCCCCAAGGGACGCCAGCCCUACCCAGGACUGCAUCUACGCCCAUCAUCUAUAGCGCCAUCCCGGCGUCGCGGAUCAACUACAUGAGAGUGCAGGAUGGUGCUCGAAUGAUGCGGCCCGCCGGUUCUCCCACUGGGGUCCAAUCGCUGCGGCAGCUGCACGCGGGCGGCGCUGAUCAUCCGUACGCCUACAUGUCGAGGUCGGCCUCUGCCGAGAAUCUGCUGAAUGAAAUGCCCCGAUUGCGCCCGGAAGUCGCACACCAGCCACAACAACACCUACAACAGCCACAGCGCCUGCCAAGAAGGGACAUGAACGCGUCGGGGCAAUUGAUGUACCGUGUGCAACAGCUGAGACCGCCCGGUCAGCAACAAGGUGUUGCGCUCCAAUCGCCAAACGUGCGCCUGGACGACGGCUUCAUCCGGCCGGAUCCUCCUCGAAACCCUCGUCGUGCCCUCGUCUACGAUGAUGACCCACCGGGGCACAACCCACCUCGACAGAUCGUCUUCCGCAAUCUACAGGGCCUGAGCGGCGUUCGUUUGCCGGAUGGCUACGUUCACGAGUCGCCCAAUCAGCCGAGAGUGCAGCAGCAGCAGCAGCCACAGUAUGAUCCGCUUCACAACUCACCGUAUGCCGACCGAAACAGAGGCCUCUAUCGACAGCAGCCCGGCACGCCAAACGCCUCGAUUGGCCCAACCGUGCGUCAGAUUCGUCAGCUGGCCCCGCCAUCGCAACCCGCCACCGCACAGCCGCCAGUGGCCCAAUCGACGCCGAUCAAGCGCGAGCCGGCCCCGGCCCCGGCCCCGACCCCGGCUCCGGUGCCGCAGAAGCCGCUGGUGCCAUUUGGGCCCCCGAUUGCCCCGGUUGAGGCGUGGGCACAAACAGCGCUCACAUGCCUGCACGAACUGCGCGCCGUCAUCCGGCAGAUCCCGUAUUUCGUCAGGCCCGCCGAGAAGAUCCCGACACGAGGCGACCUGGUGGAGUCGAUGCGGCGGCUGGGCGAUGCUUACAAUGAACUUCGCGGCGCGGUCCGGCAGCCGUGUGACGAGAGUGCUCUUCGCCAUGCGGGUGCUCGCUUCGAAGCCGAUCAAAUGUGCGAUAUGGAUGAAGCGUGUCGAUCAGUGGCCGACGCCGACGAGAUUUGCCACGGAUUCGCCAAUGUCAAUGUGUACGCUACCACCGCCGUGUAUCAUUUUAUGUCGAGCCCCGGGCUGCAGCCCCGUAUGCACAUACAGCCGCCCCGCACCACCAGUCGACAGGCGCACGCGCAUGCCAUCGAGCAGCUGCAACGCUUCAGCCGCAAUUUCUCGUACGACGUCCGGGUGCUCGAGGAGCGUCAGCUGUACUUUGCCGCUCGCAUUUAUGAUCGCAAGGGCCCCGCGACGAGUGGACGUGGCUCUGGCUUCGAGAAGCAGCCGCUGAACGUGACGUUUUUCGUGGAAGCGGGCGAACUGCUCGACGUACGCGUCGGCGGCAGGGACGAGCACUUUGUCGGCGAGGAGGCACUGCUCCACUCCGAGUACAGCGUCUACCGCAGCAUCACCGCCGACUUUUGGCGCAACAUCACCGAGAAGACGAGCAUGAUGCCGAAUUUCGUGCAGCUGAUCUUCUACUACGCCCAGGUGUACCCGACCUGUUUCCUGUCGAAGUGCGCGGUUUGCGGGCAUGUGAUGCGCGACUUCGAGCCGCCCACCCGCUUCCACCACGGCCUCAAGCAGUUCACCCAUCCCAGCUGCUCGACCAUCAAGGAAUAUUAU